AUGGCAAACUCAAAGAGCUCAUCGGGUGUCAGAAAUUUUGUGUAUCCUGGAAAGCAGGCUCACGCUUUGCUCCCUCCAAAAAGCCCAUUUCCUAGUAUUUCUCAAGCAUAUGCUGAUUAUGUCUCAAAUCCUACAGUUAGUUCAAGACCUGUUAAUAAGCCAAGAGACGGAAACACACACCACCAACAUACUUCAUCUGAGAGCCAUCUUAUUGAGGAGAAGCCAUCAUGGCUCGAUGAUCUUCUAAAUGAGCCGGAUACACCUGUCAGAAAGGGUGGUCAUAGGCGUUCAUCAAGUGAUUCUUUUGCAUAUGUCGACACUCUUAAUGCGCCGAACAUCAGUUAUGCGAAUCAUGACGAUUAUAAAUAUAAGAAUUUCUUAUCUAUUCUGUCUUGGUCACCUUCAGAUUUUGAUCUAAACAAAGAUGCUCGUCAUGUUCCCAUGUAUUCAUAA